UCCUCUCCUCUUCUCCGCCUCUCGAGACCCCCACGCUGACGCUACGUGUCUCCAAGGUCCUCCUUGCUUCCAUCCCGCUCCGCCGCUCUCGCCGGCUGACGGAGAACCGCGCGUCCCCGCCACCUCCGCCCUCGCCGCACGCUGCCAUGGUGGUCUCCUACACGCAGGAGCACGUGUACCGGCACCCCUGGCACCGGGUCACCGCCGCGGCGUGGCGCAAGUUCACGGACCCGGCGGCGCGCGCCGCCGACUCCGGGGCGCUCUCCCACAUCCUCGACGUCCACACGCUGUCCCGCGACGUGGACGCGGUGUCGGGCCGGCUCCGCGCCGUGCGCGCCAUCGCGGGCCGGACGCCGCCGCUCCCGCUCCUGCUCCGCGGCCUAGUAGCGGGAGGAGCGGCCGGUGGCGGCGACGUGGUGGUGCUCUGCGUCGAGCGCACGGACGUGGACGCGCCCGCGCGGGACAUGCGGGUGGCAUCCCGCAAUGCCACGCUCCGGGGGCUCGUGGACGUGCAGGAGCGGUGCAGCUACGAGCCGCACCCGGCGCGGCCCGACGAGUGGACGCUGUUCCGGCAGGAGACCACCAUCCGGUGCGCGCCGCUGGCGGCCGUGGCGGCCAAGCUGGCCGAGCUCGUGGAGCGGCGGUGCGCGGAGAGGUUCACGCAGAACGCGGACAGAGGGAAGGAGGUCGUGGAGAGGAUCUGCCAGGACCUUGCAGUGGAGGAGGACUCGUACACCCACUCCACUGAGAGGCUCUGGUGAUGUGUGAUUGUGAAUACUCCACGUCUCAAAUACUAAAAAAGUGAAAAGAGCCCGAAUUUCACAGUUCAAACCAUUGGCUCGUGCCGGACUGCCGUGUAUGUCGAUAGUGCAAGCACAUCUGUACAUGUGGCUAGGUGCUCUUUUGCAUGUUUCUGGCAAGAGAUUUUGUGCAAAACUCUGGAGUAAAAAAUGCAAAAUUCUGAUUCGAAUAUUGAUUUUUUGGGACAUGAAAAAAAAGGAAUGUACCCGCAUGCCAGAAAGUCAAAGCAGAAGGCUGAAAAUGAAGUACUGAACUUUAGGUAUCGAUCCACUGCACAAUUCGCAUGACUGAAACGAAAUUGAAGACAAAACGGAAGCAAAGGCAGCAGCAUCAAAACGGGAAGGACUCCUUUGAAAUGGAGUAAUUCUAGGGGGUCGUUUGAAUCCUUUUAUUUUUGGAGGAACUGAAAUCUACAUAAUGGAUUAGACUAUUUAGCUUAAAAUUUGACAUUUCAUAACUUUAUCACGCUCACAAAUAAGUCUAUCUCAAAUUAAUAGGGUGAGAGAUAUAAAUAGAUUAUGUUCCCUCAAAAGAAGAGAUAGAAAUAGAAACAAUUCUAUAGAUCACUGUGCUAUAAUUCUAUUCUCCAACUUAUGACACAUUCUUCAACUCUUUUCCCUACAAUAAAAAUGCAACAUAUAAGUAUAUCCCUUGUAUUCCUAACAAUAAAUAUACAAAUAUAUUUCUUAUACAACCAUAUUAGCUUAAUUAAUCUAGGUCUAAAUUGUAAUUAUUAGAAUGAAUUGAAUUCAAGGAUCCAAAUGGGCCUCAACUAUAUUAAUUAGAAAUUGUGAACUAAUUAAAACACACAGAGUUCAGGAAAUUCUUGCGUUCCAAAGGGCCCGAAAAAUCUGAACUGAUGCCCCCAUUUCUUGUCUCCGUGUCUCUCAGCCUCUGACCACUGUAUCCUACACUUUAACACUUUGUUAUCUAAAAACAGCAUGUACAUAUCGAGCAUCCUGUGCGCCAGAAAGCAGCAGUAGCUAUCGCCUUGAGGGGUUCAGGUUCAGUUCGUGAUUCCAGGUAUCCAGAAUAGAUAUCUCAUAUCUGCUGCCAUCUGUAUCCCUCAUCUGCUGGUGGGGCUUGCACAACUUGGCGAUGUGUCACAUAGUGCCACCAAUCCACAUAAUAUCUCGCCGGGGAUACGGCUGGCCUCUUCUUGGUUCUCAUCCUCCCAAGCUGAGGAUCGUUUGCCGUUUGCCGAUAGAGACGGCCCACGGUGAGAAAAAGCACUCAAUCCAACUAGCCAUCUAGCUGCUGCUCUUGAGCUGUCAGAUAUCUGAACUGAAGCUGCACUGCUCGAUCUCCACCCUUUCGAGCGACGGACCGGCGCCGGCGGUCUUGCUUUUUAUGCUGCGCUCCGCCUCCGCAGCUGGCCCCUGCAGCAGCGCAUGCAGGCCGGCCGACGGAUCCGAAUCCGAUGUCGGCAGCACGCGCCGCUGUGUCACCGUGCGAUCGUGAUCACGGCCGGCAGCCCUCCAAUCUUCGCGUGGCUACACGCGUGAUCCGAUUACAGCCACGCUUCCCUCCCGUAAUAAUCGGGGCACCGUGUGUUCAGCUCACAAGCUAAGGCAUGGUUGGCGAGUUGCCAGUUUUCGGGUGCCGCUGCAGCGACGCCAGCCAGCUGGGGAAAAGCAAGCUGCUCUUGUCGUGCUCGUGGCGAGAGAGCAUCCAUCUGCUUAUCCCGAUCGAUGAAGGGAUCGCGUACGUCCCCGGUUGGCCACCUUGUUAACGUCAGACAUGAUGGACAACGUAGUAUCCCGCCUUGUGUCGCGCUGAUGGAAUUUUCUGGUGGAGCGAAUUGGUAACAGACGCGCGCGGCUGCGAGGUGUCCGUCGUGGCCUCAUGCACGGCAGCCAAAAGAAAAAAUUGGCGCGGGCCGGGGCGGGCACGGCCACGAGUUCGCCCCCAUGUCGACAUGCAAAUCUGGCCAGAGAAGAGGUCGCUCACUCGAUUUAGUAUUCUCCCUCUCGUCUUUCAGCUAGCUGGUGCUAGCAUCAGCCUGUCAGAGGGGGCGGUAUGGUGACAUGGACAGGCGAGGGAGACGACGGAAAAAGAAAGAGGGAUGGCCAUGCUAAUCCAGACAGCUCAGCGUCCGAAAGCGACGCCAUGCGCGGCGAGGUUGGCUUUAGUUUUACUGAUUGACCGAACGGGGAGGGAGGAUCAAGCUGAACGUUCGUGUGGUGCGGUAGACGGGAGACGGCGACGACGGUUUCCAUGUCCCAAGCCCCCCUGCGCCUGCGGCCGUCCAUCGUACGCCAAUCCCGGCUGCCUGGAGUCGGCGGUGCGCGCGCGAGCGCCGACGGUUGGUUUUGAGCGGUUUCGCUUGGUUUCCUGCUGUGCUCAGCCUCAGAUGGUAUCCCUCGGCCUGCGCGUCCGCGUCGGUCUCGGUCAGCCCGGGCGGCUGGAAUACUUGCCCCACCCGGUCCCAAUCCAAACCCACCCCGCCCGCCCGCACACGCACACGCACGGCCGGGACGGAACAACCAGCACACGAACCCGUCCGUGCGACCGCGUCCUAGAUAGAAAUCCGAGCGCACUAAACUAAACGGGACCAUCCUACCCCUCGGCACCCAGCCCCGUGCGCCGGCUCUCUGGAUCCCAGCCUUAACCGCUGCGGACGCACCCACAGCCCGUGAGUGGCCCGCAGCGCGCCAUGUUGUUCACGUUCCUUCGCCGUUUCCGCCAGGGCGGCCGAGGUCGCGACAGGUGGACAGCCGAAACCGGGAGGCAGGCACGCUAGCGCCGGGGCAGCGUCGUCAACUGGACGCGACAACGAGGCCGAGGACGGAAAUAACACGCGGGGCGGGGCGGGGCGGGCGGGCGCGUCGCUGUUGCCUUUCGCCGCUGCGCUUGCGCGUCCGCGGAAGGGGACGCGUCCCCGUCUUCCCACUUCCCCCCCCGAUAAAAACCCGGGCGCGCCUCUCGUCCAUUCCUCGCGGAACUCGCUCCCCUCCCCGCGGAUCACAGGCUCACCACCCAAUUCGCAAGCUCCCCCCCCUCCUCCUCCGUCUUUCCCCCACCCUCCGAAAAGCAAGGUCCGGCCCCGGGCCGCCCGCGCGCGCGUACACACAGACACAGACACAGGCACAGGCACGGUUGUUCGUUCGGGUUCCUUUUGCCAGGUGCACGACGAGCAUGGCGCAGCGCGACAAGAAGGAGGAGCCCACGGAGCUCCGGGCGCCGGAGAUCACGCUGUGCGCCAACAACUGCGGCUUCCCGGGGAACCCGGCCACGCAGAACCUGUGCCAGAGCUGCUUCUCGGCGGCCACGGCGUCGAGGUCGUCGUCGCCGUCGUCCCCUACCUCCUCUUCCUCAGCUUCAGCGGUGUCGCAGCCGAGGCCGGCGGCACUCGUAGACGCAGCAGCGGUGGAGCUGCUGGCCUCUGCGGAUGCCGCAGCCGUGGGCCAGUCUAUGGAGGUCGUCGCCGCCGCUCCGGCGGCCACGGCGGCGAGGUCGUCUGCUGUGAACCGGUGCUCCAGCUGCCGGAAGCGGGUGGGGCUGACGGGGUUCCGGUGCCGGUGCGGCGAGCUCUUCUGCGGCGCGCACCGGUACUCGGACCGGCACGGCUGCAGCUACGACUACAAGGGCGCCGGCAGGGACGCCAUCGCCCGGGAGAACCCGGUGGUGCGCGCGGCCAAGAUCGUUAGGUUCUGAUCGACGACGGCGGACAGGCGGAGGAAGAGAUUGCAGAGGGGAGAUCCAUCCAAAGGGCGGAAGGGGUAAAGGCAUGCAUGCAGAUGAAAGAAAGUUCGUCUUCGGUGUUAUUAUUAUGCUGUUCUUGAACGUGUUUGAUUUUUAAUCUCCUUUUUUU